AUGUGGUAUUUGGCGAAAUUGAUACGAGGAAUGUCAAUUGACCAGGCUCUGGCUCAAUUGGAAUUCAGUGACAAAAAAGGAGCCCAGAUAAUUAAAGAGGUUCUCUUAGAAGCACAAGAUAUGGCAGUAAGAGACCACAAUGUGGAAUUCAGAUCCAAUUUAUAUAUAGCUGAGUCCACCUCAGGGCGGGGCCAAUACCUGAAACGCAUCCGAUACCACGGCAGAGGUCGCUUUGGGAUUAUGGAGAAGGUUUUUUGCCAUUAUUUUCUGAAGUUGGUGGAAGGCCCUCCACCUCCACCUGAGGCACCAAAGACAGCAGUAACCCACGCCAAAGAGUAUAUCCAGGAGCUUCGCAACCGGACCAUCAUUCAUGCUCUAUGA